UGUGCUGCCACCACCAUGCAGCCCUCUCCAAAACGCCUCGCUCCCUCCGCAGUGACUCCGCCCUGCAGAGGUAACGAUUGGUCCAGGAGGCCGACAACAGACCGCAGUCCACCAGGUGGCGACACUUGCUCGGUGUGUUGGGCUUUAGGGAGCAGAAGAAGAAUCAGGAGGAGUAAAACAGUAACUGGCGUCGGUCAGAGUUUGCCCAGGAGCGCCGAGCUGACCGGACUGAGGGAGGAGGAGUUAGUUGCCGUGCCAACGCCAAUCAGCAGCGGGGACCUGUGGGCUCUGUUGCUACGGAAACAGCCCAGGCUGGUGGCGCUGCAGGGCCGUGUGGUGCUGGCUGUACGCCAACGGUACGUCGCCAUCGGCAACCAGCAGCUGAGCCUGCAGGACGGCGACGAGGUGGCCGUGGUGCCGCCGCUGAGCGGAGGGUAGAACAGAACCAGAACCGGAC